GCCGCCCUCUUCAGCAGCGCGCCCAUGGUCGGUGCGUCGACGGCGUUGUACUUCCCAAGUCCUUUCCAUCUCUUUUUCUUGUUCGUUGGCCCUGCGGGGAAUGGGUGCGCAGUGCAUGCACAGGCUGUGCACAGGCCCAUACUUCUUGUUGCUAGGGCCAAAUUGGAUCCGGCCACUUCCUGUCGUACGUACACAUCCUUCGCUCGCUAGAGGAAGGCUCUACGUGGUCGAAAUGUUGCUUCCGCUCUUCAUCCGUGUUUACAUUGUUGAUCAUUUGCUUUCUGUUAGAUGUAGACGGCCAUGGGCCAUGUUCCUCGAGCUGGACCAGGUAACGUCGCGCGGAGCACAUAUCACCUGCUUGCUGCAUUCUUCCUUAGCAGCGAUUAUUUUGUGUCUAGACAGCGGCCGGGUGGCCAAUUUUCCAAUGGUCGGCCACUGGCAACGAGGGCGCUGCUGCCAAAGUGCGAGUAUACUGUCCUUCAUCGCCAUGUCCGGCAUUGACCGUUUCGCGAAGCUGGGCAAGAAAAACUGGUAUCUUGAUAUACGCUGAAUCGACGUUGUCAAAGAGCCACCUCCAGUUCCCCUUGGAGCGUGCUACAGACGAGAGCAUCUUUCAUGCCGUACAAUAUAUGUAGUAAGCACCGUACUCAUUGUAUGAUACCAGUAACCAGAGUAUACACUAUCUUGCCAUCGCCA